CGGCGGCGGGUCUGGCUGGCUGCGGCGGCGGGCGGGAGCCGAGUGCACCGUGUGCACGUGUGGAGGAGCGGCAGCAGCAGCAGCAGCGCGGCGGCGGGAGCCCUCUCCGCCCCCUUCCGAUACUCAGGGCAGUGCUGGGUAUCCGCGGCCUCCGUCACUCACUCAGCUCUUUCUCGCGGCGAGGAGGCGGGCUUGUGGGGUAGAGUGGCCUGAGCUGAGGGCGCGGAGAGCUCGGGGCGGCGGGGACGACGGCUUCGAGAGCGGUGGUAACGACGGCCUCAACAGGCGGGGAAGAUGAAAGGUAGCCGGAUCGAGCUGGGAGAUGUGACACCACACAAUAUUAAACAGUUGAAGAGACUGAACCAGGUCAUCUUUCCAGUCAGCUACAAUGACAAGUUCUACAAGGAUGUGCUGGAGGUUGGCGAGCUAGCAAAACUUGCCUAUUUCAAUGAUAUAGCUGUAGGUGCAGUAUGCUGCAGGGUGGAUCAUUCACAGAAUCAGAAGAGACUUUACAUCAUGACACUAGGAUGUCUUGCACCUUACCGGAGACUAGGAAUAGGAACUAAAAUGUUAAAUCAUGUUUUAAACAUCUGUGAAAAAGAUGGCACUUUUGACAACAUCUAUCUGCACGUCCAGAUCAGCAAUGAGUCAGCAAUUGACUUCUACAGGAAGUUUGGCUUUGAGAUUAUUGAGACAAAGAAGAACUACUAUAAGAGGAUAGAGCCUGCAGAUGCUCAUGUGCUUCAGAAAAAUCUCAAAGUCCCUUCUGGUCAGAAUGCAGAUGUGCAAAAGACAGACAACUGAACAAAUUAUAAAUGAACUUUCUUGCACUUGCUUGUCGCCAAAUAAAAGAGAGGCCCGUUGAUUUCCCCCUGCCCCCUCUUUCUUAAGCUUUCUGUCUCUUUGUUCUUGUUUUUCUUUUCUUUCCUCUAAAAGUUUUAAUACUUUCAAAGACUUUUAAAAAAUAAUCAUGUUUGGAUUGUUUUAGGUUUUUUUGUUGUUUUUGUAAGGUGGUUGGAUUGAAGAAAGGACAGUAGAUUUGUUUAGUUUCAUAGUUAAGAUGUGGUCCCAAAUAUUUGGGCAUCAGAUGAUUUCAAAUUUUUUAGCUGAUUUUUUUUUUUUAUGUCCUGCUUUCACAUUGAAGGGCAGAGUCUACAAAUAUUUGUUUAUUUGAAAAGAUAAAAAGAAGCAGCAAUAUCCUGUUCUCUAAUUCAUAGACAAGUUUAGUGUGUUUGUGGUACUUUUGAGUUUUUAAAGACUUAAUUUGUGGGAUGUUAAUCCCUAGACAAUGCCUUCACUCCACCUUUAGUCCUUCUGAGCAUUCUCAGGAGUUAGACCUUGUUAUCUUAGUAAAAAAAAAAAACAAAAAAAUACUAAGCUUAUUUAGGUUUUUAAAGCAAUUGUUUUUUCUUUUGCUGAUGGGUGGGGCAGUUUGGUAGGUAGGUAGUGUUAUAUUUUGGUCUAAGUAUUUUGAGUUAAUUGAGUAUUUGCUUUUUUGCUGAUGAGUGGGCUGGUUGUUAGCAGGUUUGUUUUUCCUGCUAUUGAUUGUUACUAGAGGCAUUAACUUCUAGAGUGUGGGUUGGUGAGAUUAAUUUUUUUUUUUUAAUAUCCCAGCUAGAGAGAUGGCCUUUAACUGACCUAAAGAAGUUUGUUGUGAUUUAAUUAUUUCCUACUAUCCUUUUCUUUCAGUAAGUCCAACAAUAGUUAGUCUACCCUUAAAAAUUGAGUUGAUGUCUUGUAAGUCAGUAUCCCUAAAUAAACCUGAAGCAGGUAUUUUCUCUUGGACAUAUUAAGAAAUACCUAAAAGGAAGCUUAUAUACAUUUGGCACAAUAAAUUCAUUUAAUAUCAACUAAUUCAGGCUGUUAAAAAUAUGGCCACUGAACAUUUGAUUAUAUAGGAAAGAAUAUCUAGACAGUAUUUUUGAGAAUAAAAUAGCUAUGCUAUUGCUUAUCUGUUGGAGAACAUCCCAGAUUUGCUUACACUCUGUGCCUACAAUAUUGAGUUUAAGGAUUUGGAAUAAGAGGAAUUGUUAAGCAGAUUGCUUCUAUUCUUGGAAAGGUAGAAGUAUAAAGUGUUAAUGAUGCAAAUAUCACUGUGAUCUCCUCUACUGACAGGUCUAGUUUAUGCUAGAUCAUUUUCUGGCACGUAGGGAGUAGCUUUGACAGGUUGAUAACUUUUUGUAAGAUGCGAGAUGUCUGAAAUUCAUUUUCUACCCAUUGUCCCAUCUUUAAUAUUUAGAAUUUUUAGAUUGUCAGUAGUGAUGGUUCAAGAAAUGUUCUCAUUUGACUUUAAAAGAAAGUUUGAGUCAUAAUAUUUGUCCUUUUAUGUAAAAUUCUAAUGUAAAAGUCUCAUCAUCUCUGAAUAGGUUAAAUGAUAAUUACUUCACAAAAUGUUUGUGUACACUUUAUAACCUUAAGUUUCUGAGAAUGUGAAAGUAUAAAGUAAAAUAGACUUCAACAGUCUUAAUUGAGUGCCAAGAAAAAUACAGAAAAGGAAGGUGAUGGAUAAACAAGUUUAUAAGGUUCUAAUCUUAAGGUAGUAAAAAUGGAGAAAGAUCAUGUUGGUUUCUUGGGUAUCAGUUCCUUAAAAGUCUAAAUCUGAGCUUAAAGAAAAGUUUAGCAGUAAGCACCUUUACCUUCAUGGAUAAGCUUCAGCUUGCUCUUGCCAAGAGAAGAGUGCUUGAGUUACAGAAAACAUAAUUAGUUUGAA